CUGUGCGGCCGCUGCGUGCACUGGACGCUGUCUUCACGCCGCCCUUCGCUCCCUUAGAUGGUAUUACAAGAUGGUACACUGGAGCAUGUCCGGUAUACGUUCCUCCAUGAAACGAAAAUCGUCAAUAUCCCAACAAAUCGAUUCCGUUACAAAGAGAAGGGUGAAAACAAGCAAGUUCCAGUGGUCAACCGUCCAUGAACAGCUGUUUUUUGCUGUGGGAGUGUUGGCUGCUCUGCUCAUGGGGUUUCUGUUCCCCUUCAUCAUCAUAGCAUAUGCAGAAUUGACCAACCUGAUGAUCGCAAGACACUCGAAUGGCACUAUCAUCUCCAAUAACUUCCUACUGCAGCUCUUCGGCGGAGGAAGCACCAACUCGAGCGGUACCUAUGAGGAUCGCAUGAACCGACUCCUUGAUGACUCCCGAGCCUUUGUCUUGGCCAGUUCCUCAUUGGCGGCAACGCAGUUCCUUUGUGCAGUUCUCUCCAUAUACUCACUGAACUACUCCGCGCAUAGGAAGGUGGGAAGAAUACGGAGGCAUUUCUUGAAAGCUGUGCUGAGCCAGGAUAUCUCCUGGCACGACACCCAGAACACUGGUGCCUUCGCAUCCAAAUUCACCGAUAGCCUCGACAAAAUACAAGAAGGGAUAGGAGAGAAGGUGGGCAUGUUCACGUAUCUCGUGACAACAUUCGUGGCGUCGGUCAUCGUGUCCAUGUUCUACGGGUGGGAGCUUACUCUCGUCAUGACCGCCAUAUGUCCUGUGUUUGUCAUAGUCACCGUGCUUGUCGCCAGGGUGCAAACACUGCUGACGACAAAAGAGACAGAGAGCUACGGUGACGCAGGCGCUGUGGUGGAGGAGGUGCUCUCCAACAUCCGAACUGUUAUGGCUUUUGGUGGAGAAGAGAAGGAAGUUGACAGAUACAAACAGAAAUUAUCUCCGGCCAAGAAAGUAGGAAUCCGGAGUGGACUGUACUUGGGGCUCGGCGGCGGCAUCUCUUGGAUGUUGGUGUUCUUCGCCUACUCUCUGGCAUUCUGGUACGGCACUCCUCUGAUCCUGGCUGACAGGGACCGCCCGGACUCCGUCUACACCCCUGGAGUGCUCCUUAUUAUUUUAUUCGGAGUUGUAUCAGGAGCUACACACUUGGGUCUCUGCGCACCACACUUGGAAGCAUUCGCCAAGGCGAGAGGUGCCUACAAGAGUGUCACGACGGUUCUGAGCAGGAGGCCUAUCAUAGAAAUCAACACUGGAGGCUUACAGCUCGACUCCAAGCUCGGAGACAUUGAGUUCAGAGAUGUCCACUUCACGUACCCAGCCAGGCCUGACGUCAAGAUACUGAAGGGUAUCAGCUUCAAGGUGAAAGCGGGAGAGAGUGUCGCGCUAGUCGGGGGCUCUGGAAGUGGGAAGUCUACCACCAUACAACUGCUGGAGCGCUUUUAUGAUCCAGACAGCGGUUCUGUGACACUGAACGGAGUGGACCUUAAGAACCUGGACCUCCGGUGGGUGAGAAGCCAGAUAGGACUGGUGGGUCAGGAGCCGGUACUAUUCAACAUGACGAUAGCGGAGAACAUCUGCUGCGACCUGCGAGUGACCAGGGCAGAGAUGGAACAGGCAGCACGCGACGCCAAUGCCCAUGACUUCAUCAACAAGUUGCCGAUGGGAUACAGUACGAUGGUGGGAGAGCGAGGGACCCAGCUAUCAGGAGGGCAGAAGCAGCGGAUAGCCAUCGCUCGCGCUCUACUACGUCGCCCCAGCAUACUGCUACUGGACGAGGCUACCAGUGCUUUGGAUGUUGCCAAUGAGUCGGUGGUACAGAGUGCUCUAGAACAGGCCAGCAAGGGCCGCACAACCCUCACAGUCAGCCACCGCCUGUCGAGCAUCCGCCAUGUUGACCGCAUACUGGUCAUAUCCAGCGGCAGGCUAGUGGAACAGGGUACUCAUGCAGAGCUGAUGGCUUUAGAAGGGCACUAUUAUUCUCUAGUCACUGCUGAUGCUUCCCUUGAGGAGAACACAAAGACAGACCCAGAAGACAACGGCACAAAUGACAACGGCUAUGUGUCACAAGACGAGGCCGACAGCUUACCGGACAAUGUAGUGAAGAAACCAGACUUAACUGAAGAGCUUUACGAGUGUCCAGUGAUGAGGAUUGUGGGAUUGAACAAGCCUGACUGGCCCUACGUGCUGAUUGGCUCUGUCGCCUCGUUCCUCAAUGGGUGCACAUCUCCGGCCAGUGCCAUCUUCUUCGGGAACAUGUACGGGGCUUUAUCAUCGCCAAAUGAUGAUGAUGUAAUAGCCGCAACUAAUGGAUAUGCGAUUGCUUUCGUCAUUGUGGGUCUUAUUGCUUUCACCUGUGUCUUCCUACAGAUAUCGAGCUUGACGAUGGCUGGGGUACGAAUGACUUCUCGUCUACGAGUGAACGUGUUUAGAGCCAUGCUGCAGCAGGAUAUGGCAUGGUUCGACGAUACUAGGAACUCUGUCGGUGGUCUCUGUGCUAAGCUGUCAAGUGAUACAUCCAGUGUGCAAGGAGCAACAGGAAGCAAGUUGGGAACCCUGCUGCAGGGUCUCAGUACUCUGGGGGUCGGGACUGUCAUGUCACUCUUCUACUCCUGGAAGAUGACCGUUAUGUGUCUUAUCUGUGUGCCUUUUAUCCUCUUCUCCGUCCUGCUCGAGGGCAGAGUCAUGGAGGCUGAGGGUGCUGUAGAGAAGCAAGCCUUAGAAGAUGCUACCAAGGUAGCAGUGGAAGCCAUAAGUUCAGUACGGACGGUUCACAGCCUGGGGCAGGAAGGUGCUAUAGUGGACCGCUACAACCGCAAGUUGGCCCAGGCUGAGGCGUCACUGAGACGCAAGACCAGGUUUCGUGGGCUUGUGUUCGCUUUUGGUCACACGGCGACCAACUUUUCCUACGCCUUCAGCCUCGGAUUUGGCGGUUACCUCAUCGCAAGAAAGGGCGAGCCUUACAGAAAUAUUAUAAUAGUAUCAGAAGCACUACUAUUUGGAGCCUGGAUGCUAGCCCAAGUCCUGUCUUUUGCUCCCAACCUUCAACUAGCCAGAACGGCAGCGGGGCGCCUAUUUAGGAUUCUGGACCGCAAACCACAGAUAUACUCACGUGACCACAGCAUUUCGAAAGUGGAGGGAGAGAUUGAAUAUUCGUCUGUACACUUUGCAUACCCAAGCCGACCGGAGGUGAAGGUACUACAAGGACUGCAGCUGAGUAUCGGACGAGGCCAGAAGGUAGCGCUAGUUGGACCCAGUGGAUGUGGCAAGUCUACCUGCAUACAGUUGCUGCAGCGGUUCUACGACCCAAUUACUGGCUCAGUAAAAAUAGAUAACCAAGACACUACUGAUAUUCCUCUGAGACGUUUGCGAGCAGGCAUUGGCAUAGUCUCUCAAGAGCCUGUACUGUUUGACCGGACUAUUGCAGAGAACAUUGCGUACGGAGACAAUGAGAGAACUGUAACCACGGCCGAGAUUAUUACAGCGGCAAAGAUGGCUAAUGUGCACAAUUUUGUCACAUCACUACCAGCGGGAUAUGACACAAGACUUGGCAUGAAAGGUACUCAACUGUCUGGGGGACAGAAACAGCGGAUAGCAAUUGCUCGGUCUCUGGUGCGAAAUCCUCGCAUCCUCAUUCUAGACGAGGCUACAUCAGCUUUGGAUUCUCAUAGCGAAAAGAUGGUGCAGGAAGCACUGGAGGACGCAUCAGCUGGUCGUACUUGUAUAGUGAUUGCCCACCGACUCAGCACUGUGACCAAUGCUGAUGUCAUAUGUGUGCUGAACCGAGGAGUGGUAGUGGAGAUGGGUAGCCAUGCCACAUUGCUGACUCAUGAGAUAUGUUUCAGAUGGUGCAGGAAGCACUGGAGGACGCAUCAGCUGGUCGUACUUGUAUAGUGAUUGCCCACCGACUCAGCACUGUGACCAAUGCUGAUGUCAUAUGUGUGCUGAACCGAGGAGUGGUAGUGGAGAUGGGUAGCCAUGCUACAUUGCUGACCCAGGGAGGGCAUUACGCACAAUUACUGCAGACUCAGUGUAGCUAG